AUUAUGACGUCAGCAAACAUCGAAUUGUGUGUACACAGCUGCCUUCAGUACCAAAGCAUUUCUCUGAUGAAGAGAGGAAGCUGUAUUUUGCAUCAUUGCUGGGAUUGGACAACACAUGCAUGGUGCGUUCAUUAGGUGGUCUUCUGAAAUACCUGGACAAGAUGAGAGUGGGGGUGGAGCUGGAGGAUGUAGCCAUUCAGGUGCCUGUACUUGGAUUUCAGGUGUUUACUUUGGAAAAUCAAGUCUAUGUAGAUAUGAGGACUUACCUGGCACUCAACAUAUUCAGCACAGAGCUUCACCCUUCUGUUUAUAAAUAUGGAGCCACAAGCAGCAAGGAAGGCUUAAGUCUCUUUGGAAUUUUAAACAGAUGCAAAUCUUCGAUUGGGAGUAAAAUGUUACGACAGUGGUUUCUCCGUCCCCUGAGAAAUGCUUCAGUAUUGAGACAAAGGUAUAAUGCAGUCUCAUUCUUCCUCAAGCCAAGUAACAUGGAAACAAUGUCUUGCAUUCAAGGCUGUCUGAAGCACAUCAAGUACAUCCCUAGAAUAUUGUCAAAGAUGUCAGCUGCACAAGCGACAAUUGGAGAUUGGACGGCUUUAUCAAAAACACUCUACCAUGCUGUGUACAUUGGAGAGAUCUGCAGGACUCUGACUAAGGAUGUUGACAUUUUUAGAAAGAUUGGGAUUGCUUUCACCGAUGAACUGCAACGUUGCUACAAUCUCCUGUGUAAAACUAUAGAUUUUGAGGCUUCAAAACAGAACAACAGAUUUGUAGUUCAAGCUAAUGUUGAUGCAGCACUGGAUGCCAAGAAACACACAUACAAUGGCCUACCGGAUCUAAUGAGUCGAGUGGCUCGGGAAGAACUGAACUCAUUGAGUGAUGACAUUAAAGCAUGUGUUGUCAGUUACCUUCCACAGAUUGGCUACCUGCUGGUGAUAGACAUGCCUGAAGGAAAGACAGAACAGGAUGAUCACACAAUUGAAGGACUGGAAUUUAAGUUUGCCUCUGAUAAUCAGCUGUUUUACAAGUCUCCUAGAACAUUAGAGCUUGACAGAAUUCUAGGGGAUACACAACUGGAAAUACUAGAUAUGGAGGUAGCCAUCAUGCAUCAUCUGCAGGAUAUAAUACUUGAAAAAACUCAGCUAAUGCUGGAUGUUAUGGAACUAGCAUCAGAGCUGGACUGCUUGAUGGCUUUAGCAACGUGUGCCAAUGAGUUUGGCUAUGUGUUCCCUACUCUCAUUGAAGAGACUGUUCUUGACAUCAAGAAUGGAAGACACCCUUUACAAGAGUUAUGUUGCAGUCCUUAUGUGCCAAACCACACAAAUAUGGGAGGACAGCACACCAAGAUGAAGUUGCUAACUGGUCCUAAUGCUUGUGGGAAGAGUGUUUAUCUCAAACAGGUUGGUCUGAUUGUGUUCAUGGCCCAUAUUGGCAGCUUUGUGCCAGCAGAGGAAGCUAGAAUUGGGCCCGUUGACAAAAUAUUCACCUGUAUCAAGUCUGUGGAGAGUGUCUCUGGUGGACUGUCUGCCUUCAUGCAGGAAAAUGUCCAGGUCUCAGAAGCCUUGAGGCUGGCAACAUCCAACUCCCUGAUUCUGCUAGAUGAGUUUGGGAAAGGAACAGAGGCAACAGAUGGAAUAGCACUGCUCACUGCUGUCAUCAAAUUCUGGAUUACACAAGGCUCUGAUUGUCCACUGGUUCUUGUGUCCACUCACUUUCAUAGUAUCAUACAGCAGCAGUUACUGCCACCAUCAACACAGCUGCAGUUUCUGACAUUUGACACUGUGAUGAAUGGAGAAGAGCUUGUGUUUCUGUACCAGAUGAAAGAAGGCCACACAAGUUCGAGUUAUGCUUUCAAUAUUGCAUUACAAGUUGGCUUGCCACCCGCCAUUGUCAAACGUGGCAAAGAGGUAUCUGAUCUCUUGCUACAGAACAAGCCAAUCCCUCGACUCAGAGAUGUUAGUGCAGACUUACAAUAUGAAAGAUGUGAGAAAAUUGUCAAUGCUUUCCUGAAACUGGAUCUGGACAAGGAUGACCUCCAGGGGUUCCUCAAGGGCUAUGUGUUACCACUGAGUGCUGAACCUCAAGAGAACCCUCAAACUGUUACACACUCAGAUGUUGUGAAGCAUAUUUCAGAGAUUGUCACCACCAACCAGAUUUCUACAGAUAGCCUGCUGCUCCAGACACACAAGGGCAGUAAGGUAUGUAACCAUGAAAUCAGCCAGCAAGAAAAUCAGAUGAGAGCUAAGGAAAUGUCUUGUCAGCCAUCUGUGCAUACAGGAGCUGACCCAACGCUAAAGCGCACCACUGUUAAUAAAGUCACAGAAAAUAGUUUGUCUGGAGAACAGAGUUUGCAGACAAAUAGAGAAGGUGAAAACUCAAGAUUAGCCUGUCAAACACUAGAUAACAAUAGGAAUCAAAGCAGGGACAUGGAUUCGAGUUUCUGGAAAAAUAUGCCAGGAGCAUUGAGCGAGCAGUUCAUCAGAACACCUCUUGUAGACAAAUCAGGAAGAAAGAAUACUGAAGCCAUAUUAAAUAUGUCUAAAGAUGCUACAACAAGUCACACUGGGGUCCUUGACAGGCAAAAGCAAAGUCAGGAUGUUAUAUGUGUCUCAGAAACCAAGAACUCCGAGAAAAGAAAAGCAGAUAUGAAACAGUUUUUUACAGGUGUGCCCAAACAGACAAAACCUCUGCUGAGACCUUCUCAUGGCUUGAACCCAGUCUCUGAAUGUAAACAGCCUAGAGUGAUGAUGUCAGCAUAUCCAGGGGCUACAGCUAGACAAGGAAGAGAACCAGUGUCUUCCAGCAGUGGGUCUCCUCCUGCGAGCGACACCUAUUUAGAGGGCCAAGGCAGAAGCUGCACAACUCACAUCAGUUCUACAGAUAGUCAGCAACAAAAAUAA